AUGUCUGCCCGUAAGCUUUGUAUGAUUCCUGGCCCCAUUGAAUUCCAUGAGGAUGUCUUGGCCGCUAUGGGAACUCCUGCCACCUCCCACGUCGACCCCAACUUCAUCCCCAUUCUCGGUGAGAGCAUCGAAAUGGUCCGCAAGGUCAUCCUCUCCGAAGUUGCUCAGCCUUUCAUCACCUCCGGCUCCGGUACCCUCGGUUGGGACAUGAUGGUCAACUUGAUCGAACAAGGUGAUGAAGUCUUGUUGCUCAACACCGGUUACUUUGGUGAGAACUUGGCUGACUGUUUGACCACCUAUGGUGCCAAGGUCACUCAGCUCCGUGCUCCCGCUGGCAGCCGCCCCUCUGCUGAUGAAUUGAAGGCUGCUUUGGCCGAGAAGAAGUACAAGAUGGUCACUGUCACCCACGUUGACACCUCCACUGGUGUUCUCUCUGACAUCAAGAAGGUUGCCGAGAUUGUCAAGGCUACUUCUCCCGAAACCUUGGUCGUUGUUGAUGGUGUGUGCUCCGUCGGUUCUGAGGAAAUCCGUUUCGAUGAAUGGAACUUGGACAUCGUCAUCACCGGUUCUCAGAAGGGUUUGGGUGUUCCCCCCGGUCUUUCCAUUGUCAUUGCUUCCCCCUAUGCCAUCAAGGUCUUCCAGGAAAGAAAGACCCCCAUCCCCGCCUACUACUCCAACUGGAACAAGUGGCUUCCUGUCAUGCAAGCUUAUGAAGCUCGCAAGCCCGCUUACUUUGCCACCCCCGCUGUUCAGCUUGUCUAUGCUCUCCACGCUUCUUUGAAGAAGAUCACCAGCGAACCCAUGCAGGUCCGUUUCGACAAGCACCGUCAGGUCGCUUCCGACUUCCGCAAGACUGUCAAGGACCUUGGUUUGAAGCAGGUUGCUCAGUGCGAGGAAUGCUCUGCCAACGGUAUGACUGCCAUCUGGUUGCCUGAAGGUGUUGAAGUUGCCAAGUUGGUUCCUGCUCUUGCCAACAAGGGUGUCCAGAUUGCCGGUGGUAUCUUGAAGGACAUUGCCACCAAGUACUUCCGUAUUGGUCACAUGGGUAUCUCCGUCAUGGAAGAUGAACGUCAGCACAUCCCCAAGGUCGUCGAUGCUUUGACCUCCUCCUUGACCGAACUCGGCUACAAGUCCGCCUGA